AAAUCGAACACCUCGGACUCUCCAUCAGCCAUUUAUAAUUGUUACUCUCUCUCCCUCUCUCCGUCUCUCUCUCUCUCUCUCUCUCUCUCUCUCUGUGGUUGUGAGUUAUGGCUUCCACUUCAUCACUGACCCUGCCUCAGGCACUCCUAGCCCGAGCCAUUUCCCACCACCAUGCCUCCAAUCCAUCCUCAUCUGAUCGCGUGGUCUCUCUCCCCAUUCACGCUAUCCCUACUUUCUCCGGCCUCAAAUCCUCACACUCAAAGUCAUCGACCGGAGUCCACCACCGCCGACGACGAGUCUCCGACUCUAGCCUCCAGGUACGAGCCUCCGUCGCCCAGACCCCCACUGUCGACAAGACCACCGAUAUCUCUUUGGUGGAGAAGUCUGUCAACACGAUCCGGUUCCUGGCCAUCGAUGCUGUUGAGAAGGCAAACUCGGGUCACCCGGGUCUUCCCAUGGGCUGCGCCCCGAUGGGCCAUAUCUUGUAUGACGAAGUCAUGAGAUACAACCCCAAGAACCCCUAUUGGUUCAACCGUGACCGCUUCGUUCUCUCAGCCGGCCACGGCUGCAUGCUCCAGUACGCUCUGCUUCACCUCGCUGGCUACGAUAGUGUCAAGGAAGAAGACCUGAAGAGUUUCCGUCAAUGGGGAAGCAGAACCCCUGGACACCCCGAGAACUUUGAGACACCUGGUUGUGAAGUCACAACUGGUCCUCUUGGGCAGGGAAUUGCCAAUGCUGUCGGUUUGGCUCUUGCUGAGAAGCACUUGGCUGCUCGUUUCAACAAGCCUGACAAUGAGAUCGUUGACCAUUACACAUACGUUAUUCUGGGAGAUGGUUGCCAAAUGGAGGGGAUUUCAAAUGAAGCUUGUUCCCUAGCAGGGCACUGGGGACUUGGGAAGUUGAUUGCUUUCUACGAUGACAACCACAUUUCUAUUGAUGGUGACACAGAAAUUGCGUUCACUGAGAGUGUUGACAAACGUUUUGAGGGCCUUGGGUGGCACAUUAUCUGGGUGAAGAAUGGAAACACUGGCUAUGAUGAUAUUCGCGCUGCCAUUGAGGAAGCAAAGACUGUGAAAGACAAGCCCACUUUAAUCAAGGUGACUACAACAAUUGGCUAUGGGUCUCCAAACAAGGCAAACUCUUACAGUGUACAUGGAAGUGCACUAGGUGCCAAGGAAGUGGAUGCUACUAGGAAGAACCUUGGAUGGCCAUAUGAACCUUUCCAUGUGCCUGAAGAGGUUAAAAAGCAUUGGAGUCGCCAUGUUCCUGACGGUGCUGCUCUCGAAUCUCAAUGGAAUGCCAAGUUUGCUGAAUAUGAGAAGAAGUACAAGGAGGAAGCGGCAGAGCUCAAAUCUAUCAUCUAUGGUGAACUACCAGCUGGCUGGGACAAAGCACUUCCUACAUAUACUCCAGACAGCCCCGCUGAUGCCACCAGAAAUCUGUCUCAGCAAUGUCUUAAUGCCCUUGCAAAGGUUCUCCCGGGUCUUCUUGGUGGCAGUGCAGACCUUGCUUCUUCCAACAUGACAUUGCUGAAGAUGUUUGGGGACUUCCAAAAGAAUACGCCAGAAGAACGCAAUGUUAGGUUUGGUGUUAGAGAGCAUGGAAUGGGAGCCAUUUGCAAUGGCAUUGCCUUACACAGCCCUGGGCUGAUUCCAUAUUGUGCUACUUUCUUUGUUUUCACCGACUACAUGAGAGCAGCUAUCAGGAUUUCUGCAUUAUGUGAAGCUAGAGUUAUCUAUGUUAUGACUCAUGAUUCAAUUGGACUCGGAGAAGAUGGCCCAACCCAUCAGCCAAUAGAGCACCUAGCAAGUUUCCGGGCAAUGCCCAAUAUUCUGAUGCUCCGUCCAGCAGAUGGAAAUGAGACUGCAGGAGCAUACAAGGUUGCAGUCCUUAACAAGAAGAGACCCUCUAUUCUUGCUCUCUCUCGGCAAAAGCUUCCCCAACUUCCUGGAACUUCUGUGGAAGGAGUUGAAAAGGGUGGCUAUACUAUUUCAGACAAUUCUUCAGGUAACAAGCCAGAUGUUAUUUUGAUCGGAACUGGUUCUGAACUGGAAAUUGCUGCCAAAGCGGCUGAGGAACUGAGAAAGGAAGGGAAGGCUGUUAGAGUUGUUUCCCUCGUUUCUUGGGAGCUCUUUGAUGAGCAAUCCGAUGCCUACAAGGAAAGUGUUUUGCCAGCAGCUGUCUCAGCUAGGGUUAGCAUCGAGGCUGGGUCAACAUUCGGGUGGGAGAAGAUUAUUGGAAGCAAAGGUAAGGCAAUAGGAAUUGACAGGUUUGGGGCCAGUGCCCCGGCAGGGAGAAUAUACAAAGAGUUUGGUCUUACUGCAGAAGCUGUUAUUGCUGCAGCUAAAGAACUUAGCUAGGCUUGGCUACUUGUCAUGAAAACUUACCCUUUGACAAGUUGUUUUGGGUUGGUACAUUUCCAAGACAUGUUUUAUGCCACGGUCUCUUUCUCUUUUAUGACAAUAAAAGGCCAGAUUAAAUUUUCUUCUAUUAUGGUUCCUCAGUGGAGCAUAUUGAUUCAAAGAGAGAUUAGGGUUUAUGAAUUUACGCAAAUUUGUAACAACUCUUGGACCUGUCUUGAGUUUUGUAAUGUUAUGUUGUUGUCUUUCAA